GUUGAUUUGUUUAGGGCCACAACAGAAUCUCCACAUACAAACACAAAUGUCCGAAUGUUCCAAAUCCAAACUCUCCAGCCGACUCACCUCCGUGCACCCUCACGCCACCGCCUCUCCACUACCGCCUCCCUCGUCUCCACUUCCACCCUCACAAUUCCCACCUCCACCACCAGCAAAAACCACUCCAUCCAGACCCUCUGCCGAAAGGGCAAACUCAAACAAGCAAUCCAAUUGCUCUCCCACGAGGAUAAUCCCACCCAACUCACCUACAACCUCCUCAUCCAAUCCUGCGCCCAAAAUCACAGCUUUUCCGACGCAUUCGCCGUUCACACCUGCCUCACCCAAGAUGGCUUCGCUCAAGAUCCAUUCUUGGCCACAAAGCUCAUCAACAUGUAUGCGGAACUCGGCUCUUCCCAUCACGCCCGCCAAGUGUUCGAUGAAAUUACUGAAAAAACGAUUUACGUUUGGAACGCGAUUUUUCGCGCUCUCGCUAUGUUGGGCGAUGGAGAGGAGGCUCUGAGAUUGUAUAGGCGGAUGAAUUGGAUUGGGAUGCCCUCUGAUCGAUUCACUUACACUUAUGUGUUAAAGGCGUGCGUUGUUUCGGGUUUCGAGCGCCUCCGGGGGAAGGAGGUUCACGCGCAAGUUCUGCGUCGCGGACACGAGAGGCAGCUCCAUGUGAUGACUACUUUGGUUGACAUGUAUGCGAAAUUCGGGUGCGUGGAGAGUGCUAGGCAGGUUUUCGACUCGAUGCCGGCCAAGAAUCUGGUUUCGUGGAGCGCUAUGAUCGCGUGUUUUGCUAAGAAUGCGAGGCCGUUGGAGGCGCUGGAGGUUUUCGGGGAGAUGAUGCGGGAGGGUAGCGACGACGUGCUGCCUAACUCGGUCACAUUGGUCAGUGUGGUUCAGGCGUGCGCGACGCUGGCUGCUCUGGAGCAGGGGAAGUUGAUACAUGGAUAUGUAGUUAGGAAAGGGCUCGAUUCGAUCUUGCCGGUUAUGAAUGCGCUUGUCACUAUGUAUGCUAGAUGCGGGGAUGUCGAAUUGGGGGAGAAUGUUUUCAAUCAGAUGGAGAAGAGGGAUGUUGUUUCUUGGAAUUCCAUGAUUUCGAGCUAUGCAGUUCACGGGCUCGGGUCAAAGGCGCUUGCGACGUUUCAGGAGAUGGUGAAACGAGGCGUGUCGCCUACUCCAGUAACGUUCAUCAGCGUGUUGGGAGCUUGCAGCCAUUCUGGACUAGUUGACGAGGGAAAAAUGUUGUUUGAUUCGAUGACGAGAGAGCAUGGGAUUCGCCCUAGCGUAGAGCAUUACGCUUGCAUUGUGGAUCUUCUCGGCAGAGCUAAUCGGCUAGAGGAAGCGGCUAGGAUCAUAGCCGAUAUGCGGGAUGAGCCAGGGGCGAUGGUGUGGGGAGCUCUCCUCGGAUCGUGCAGGAUUCACUGCAACAUGGAGCUUGCAGAGAGGGCGAGCAGGAUGCUGUUCGAGCUCGAGCCCACGAACGCAGGGAACUACGUGCUUCUUGCUGAGAUAUACGCGGAGGCGAAGAUGUGGGGCGAGGUGAAGAGAGUGAAGAAGCUGCUGGAAGAGAAGGGGCUGCAGAAGGUGCCGGGAUGGUGCUGGAUUGAGGCGAAGAAAAGGGUGUACUCGAUAAGGUCCGUGGACGAGGUGAAUCCUCAAAUCGAGCUGGUCCACGCCUUGGUGGUGAAGCUGUCGGAGGAGAUGAUGGAGCAGGGGUACGUUCCAGAGACGAAAUCGGUGCUGUACGAGCUUGACACGGAGGAGAAGCAGCGGGUGCUGUUGGGGCACAGUGAGAAAUUGGCGGUGGCGUUUGGUUUGAUAAAUUGCAGGAGAGGAGAGACGAUAAGGAUUAGCAAGAAUCUGAGGUUGUGUGAAGAUUGUCACUCGUUCACCAAGUUCAUGUCCAAGUUUGGAGAUAGAGAGAUUAUGGUUAGGGAUAUUAAUCGGUUUCACCAUUUCAGAGAUGGGAAAUGCUCGUGUGGGGAUUAUUGGUGAUCAACUCAUUCUUUUCUAUAUGUAUUCAAUUACAAUAGGUCGGACAUAGAGGAUGUGCUUUUUUUGAUA